AUGGCUGCGCUGUUCAACGGCGUCCUCACGAAGCAAGACGAGCCCAUGCCGAUCGCAAACCUCUCCGGCAGCCGCAGCUGCGAGAUUCGCUUCAGCGCGUGCGGCGGCGGCGGCGGCGCGACCCUUGCCUUCGAGGAGGGCAUGCGCCUUGCGCUCGGCUUCGACUUUCUCCGCGCACGCGAGGCGUUUGAGCGGUGCGAAUUGCUCGCGCCAUCGUGCGCCAUGUGCCACUGGGGUGUCGGCUGGUCACUCGGCCCCACCCUCAACCACGCCCUCAAGCCUCCACUCUCGCUCGCCGCCGCACGAGCUGCCGCCUCUCGCGCGGCAGAGCUGCUCCCGCCGCACGUGCCCGGCAACAGCACGCAGCUGCUCCCGCCCAGCGCACGCGAUAGCAGCUUGCGCGACGCGGCGGCGGGCUGGUGGCUGGUGCGCGCUCUCGCGGUCCGCUACGCCGCCAACGCCACCAACGCAGCAGCGACCGUUGUCCAGCGCAUCGCGUAUGCCGAGGCGAUGGAGGCGGCGGCGCGCGCGGAGAAAUCGCACUCGCUCGUGCGCUACCUGGCGGCGGACGCGUGGAUGAACGUGGCGCCGUGGGACUAUUGGGCAAGCGACCGGAGGCAGACCUGCCGGCGGGCACUAGGGCGCGGCCGCACGCGGCGCGCGCCAAAGCGCACCUGCUGGCGACGCUUGCCCUCGCACCGGGGCACCCAGGCGGCCUGGCACCUCCCUCUCCUCCGCCUCGCCUCGUCCUACUCCCUCGACGGCGCGGCGGACGCGUUGCGUGGGCUGUGCCCGGACGCGCCGCACUUGCUCCACAUGCCGUCGCACAUCGACAUGCGCCGCGGUCGCUUCGAGGCGUGCGUGUCAUGCAACUCGGCGGCGGCGGCGAGGCCGCUCGUCGAGCAGGUCUACCCGGAGCACAACCUCGAGUGCGCCCGGAUGGCGGGAGACCGAGCCGCCGCCGUGCGUUCCGGCGACGCCGUCGCGGAGUUCGCAAGGCGUGGGCUGCUCGUGUCUGCGCACUCGGCCGACCUCAACAGCUAUGAGCGAUACCUCGCCGCGCCCGCGCUGACGGACGCCGAGUCGCGCCGCCUCACCCCGCUCGAGCACGGCAGGCUCGUCCUCCUCUCCCGCCACGCGAUGGGCUACGACGAGCCGCCCUCGCUCUACGCUUCGCGCCGGCCGGCGCUGGCGCUCGCCGUCCUCGAGGUGGGGGAGGACCGUGCCGGAUUGCCCGCGCGAGCCGCCGCCGCCGCUAUCCUCCGCGAGGAGCUGAGUCGGCUCCCGCGCUCGCCAGAGGCGCUAGGCCUCUGUGCCGAGGCGCGUUUGUCAUGCUCGGCGGACGCGGACGCCGCUCUCCUCUCAGCGCUACGGAGCGCCGCUUCGCCCGAGCGCGUCGCGGUCGCGGCGAUCGUUGCGGCUUUUGCGGCGGUCGCUAUCCUCGCGGCCGCGAUCGCUGCCCGCGCCUUGCCAUUGGCAUGGCGACGCCGACGGGGGGCGGGUCCGGAUGGCCAGCGGGCCGGAAGCCCGCCGGCGCCGCACGGGCCAGGAAAGUGGGGUCAGUUGCUUAUGCUUUGA